UCACGCACGCACGCGUGGGCGCGUAGCAAAGCAAAGCAGCGAAUCCGGCUUCACUAGUCUUCUUCCCCCCCGCCGCCGCAUCGAUCCCCCUUCCCCUCGUCUUCCUUCCCUUUCCCCCAAUCAGAUUGCUUCCAGAAGCCUCCUUCCCCGCGAAGCAACCAACCCCUUCCGGAUCCCGACUCCAUCCAAACCCCCAUCCCCUCCCCUCUCCCCUACGCUCGAAACCCUAGGGAGAUCCAUCCACAUGCCGCCCCGAUGAGGUCGCUCCGCCGCGUCCUCCUCCAGCUCGUGCUCCUCGCCGGCGUCGCCUUCCGCGGGGUCCGCUUCGACGACGCCGCCGACGCCGCCGCCGCCGCCCAGGGGUCGUCAGACCUCUUCGAGCUCCCUUCGCCGUCCCCGACUCUCGCGCUCCCCGGCGGCGGGGAUGAGGGGGCCUCGACGGAGAUCAUCGCCGCGCCGUGGCCGGGGCGCCACGGCCUGUUCACGCCGCCGCGGAGCACGUCCCAGCCGGCGAGAGCGGUGGUCCAGCCGGCCGCCGACUUCGGCUCCCAACUCCAGUUUUACGACAAUGGUACAAUUCAACUAGUGGACCUUCUAUCAAAAUUGCCUCGGUGGCAGUUCUCCACCGGACCCCCUCUUUCGAAGCAUAUCACUACUUCGAAACCUGAUUUGAACUAUGUCAUAUACCUUGAUGGGUCAGAAACAUCGGACCUUAUAGAAGUUCAUAAUGGCAGUGGUGUGAGACUUCCCUGGAAACUGGAGGAGUUUAUUGCUGAGACUCCAUAUAUACGGGAUUCUUUUGUUACGAUUGGAUCAAAGGUUUCAACUACUUUUGUGGUCAAUGCUGAUAGCGGUGAGAUCAUUUACAAGCAUAGCUUGCCAGUGGCCUUGAACGAGGUAGGUGGCCCCCUGGUUGAGGAAAUUCCAUCCAAGUUAGAUGCUGCUAGAAGUGGUACAAGUGCUAAUAUCAUAGUGGUUGUGAGAACUGAUUAUUCUAUCAGUGCAUCGGAUCUUGGGGAACAUUUGUUCAACUGGACAAGAACUUCCUUCACUGCAAAUUACUAUGCGAGGUAUGGCCACCAAGACAUGCUUGCCCAAUCGUCCUGUCUGCGAGGAAAUAUUCCAUGCAUUAGGACUGAGGGUCCACCAAUUAAACUUUAUUUACCUGAUUCAAGUUCAGAUAAUGCAAUUGUCUUGAGACCUGUGAACGAAGUUUCUGCUGUGGAUGCUCUGGAACCACUUCUACCUCCAAAGAAGUUACCACAACCUGCUGGCGAGUCUAAUGUGGCCUUGGAUAGUGCUCAAAACCAGACUGCUGACAUUGCCCUAGGUCAUUUUGUGCCUGCUGACACUGAAUUGACCAACAGUGUCACUAAAUUUUCUUACAGAUGGCUAUUCCCCACGUUUCUCAUGUUGUUGAUCAUGGCUUGUCUAGUGAAAUUGGCCGAUGCAAGCAAAUAUUGCAGGCAAUUUGUGAUUCGAUUUUUGAAGCCAUUUAUGCGUGAUGAGAAAUUGAUGGACCCAAGAGGCAAAUCAGAGGGAACAUCAAAAAGAAGGAAGGCGCGGAAGAAAGAUGGACUUAUCAAUAGCACUCAGAUCUUUUCAGCAUCUGAUAAAGAGGGGAAUGGAACUGGUGGAUCAACUGAGGCACAAAGUAAUAAAGCACAUGAUUCAACAAAUGUGGAACUCCCUAAUGGCCUCAAUGGGCGUCAGAUUGGUAAGCUUUGUGUUUACAGUAAAGAAAUUGGUAAAGGGAGCAAUGGUACAGUUGUCUUUGAAGGCUCCUAUGGUGGUCGGGAAGUUGCUGUGAAACGUCUGCUGCGCUCUCACAAUGAUAUAGCCUCGAAAGAGAUUGAGAAUCUGAUUGCAUCUGAUCAGGAUCCUAAUAUUGUUCGAAUGUAUGGUUUUGAGCAGGACAAUGAUUUUGUUUAUAUCUCCCUUGAGAGGUGUCGCUGCAGCUUGGCUGAUCUAAUCCAACUGCACUCGGUACCACCAUUUUCAAAUACUAAGGGAACAGACAUUGAACUUUGGAGGCAGGAUGGACUUCCUUCGGCACAACUUCUAAAGCUGAUGAGAGAUGUUGUUGCUGGUAUUGUGCAUUUGCAUAGUUUGGGAAUUAUACAUCGUGAUUUGAAGCCUCAGAAUGUUUUGAUAAGCAAGGAAGGACCUCUCAGAGCAAAACUUUCAGAUAUGGGUAUCAGUAAGCGUUUGCAGGAGGAUAUGACUUCUGUUAGUCAUCAUGGCACUGGAUUUGGAAGCUCUGGUUGGCAAGCACCUGAACAGCUUCGUCAUGGUCGUCAGACUCGAGCCAUAGAUUUAUUUAGUUUGGGCUGCCUUAUAUUCUAUUGCAUUACUAAAGGCAAGCAUCCGUUUGGUGAGUACUAUGAACGGGACAUGAAAAUCAUAAACAAUCAAUUUGAUCUCUUCAUAGUGGAUCACAUACCAGAAGCAGUGCAUCUUAUUUCUCAACUGUUAGAUCCAGAUCCAGAGAAGAGACCAACGGCCGUGUAUGUGAUGCAUCAUCCUUUCUUUUGGAGCCCUGAGUUGUGCCUUUCAUUUCUACGAGAUACCAGUGACAGAAUUGAGAAAACCAGUGAAACUGAUCUCAUAGAUGCUUUGGAAGGCAUAAAUGUUGAAGCAUUUGGUAAAAAUUGGGGAGAGAAAUUAGAUGCUGCCCUGCUUGCAGACAUGGGACGUUAUAGAAAAUAUAGUUUUGAGUCCACUCGUGACCUUCUAAGAUUGAUCAGAAACAAAUCAGGACAUUACAGAGAAUUUUCAGAUGAUCUCAAGGAGCUACUUGGGUCGCUGCCGGAGGGAUUUGUUCAGUAUUUCUCAAGCCGAUUCCCAAAGCUGCUAAUUAAAGUCUACGAGGUCAUGUCCGAGCAUUGCAAGGACGAAGAAGCUUUCAGCAAAUAUUUCCUUGGAAGCUCGGCGUAGCUGUAACCUGCAGGAGGGGUGAAGGCCCUGCCCUGCCUAGUGUGUACACUAACACUCUUCUAGCAAAAAUGUAUGUACAUGUGAUUUGUACCAUAUAUCAUAGGGUAAAGAAAGUUCAGCCUGUACAUUGUAUUCCACAGAAUUGUGUAUUACUUAUAGUAAAUCAAAUCUUUUACCUGACUAUAUGGACUGCAUUAUCAAGGUUUUUUUUUUUUU